UGUGGAGUGUUACAAUCCCAGAAUGAAUGAAUGGAGCUAUGUCGCAAAAAUGAAUGAACCCCACUAUGGUCAUGCUGGAACCGUGUAUGGGGGAUUAAUGUAUAUUUCAGGGGGAAUUACCCAUGAUACUUUCCAAAAGGAACUUAUGUGUUUUGACCCUGACACAGACAAAUGGACUCAGAAAGCUCCGAUGACGACAGUCAGAGGUCUGCAUUGCAUGUGUACUGUAGGAGACAAGCUCUAUGUUAUUGGCGGAAAUCACUUUAGAGGAACGAGUGAUUAUGACGAUGUUCUAAGCUGUGAAUAUUACUCACCAACUCUAGACCAGUGGACUCCAAUUGCUGCUAUGUUACGUGGGCAAAGUGAUGUUGGGGUUGCUGUCUUUGAAAAUAAAAUCUAUGUUGUUGGAGGAUAUUCUUGGAAUAACCGGUGUAUGGUGGAAAUAGUUCAGAAAUAUGACCCAGAAAAAGAUGAAUGGCAUAAAGUAUUUGACCUUCCAGAAUCACUGGGUGGCAUUCGAGCCUGCACUCUUACUGUGUUCCCACCGGAGGACAAUACAGGGUCACCAUCUAGAGAAUCUCCUCUUUCAGCACCUUAGGAACAUCCCUCGACUUAUGAUGUUGUAGUAACACCUUUGCACUGCAUCAUGGAGUCCAUUAUUUUUCUUCAGUAGUUUCUGUUAGGCUUAGCCUAUGGCAUUUCAUACAAUUACUGGGAGAAAAAAACCAAGACUUUGACAUUAUUUGUGCUGUUUGUUUGGCCUAGAAUGUUUGUCAAGUGGUUAACAAAAACAGAUGUACUCACCCGAGCCAAAUGUUUAACAGAUGAGAAGAUACUGUCUAUAAAAUGUAUGAACUAGGUACGUUAGUAAUGUUGUGUAUUGGGUGUGAGGUACCUUAUAGCUUACAUUUGGAAGCCCAAUGAGUCAGAUUUGAAGAUUUUUGUAUUGAAUGCGUUCUUUCACUAAAUUUCAUCGUUGAAAGAAUUUUUCCUUUCAUUUGUGGCUGCAGAUUACAGGGGAGGUAGACCACAUCAAUGUGAACUAUGACAGAAAGUUGCCAAGGGGCCUGAGCUACCUCCCUCUUUUCACAGAGUAUUUUUGACAUAUCUGUUUACCCACCUGACAAUGUGGGUGCUUUCAGAGCAUAUGAAGUUUCUUAAGCAGAGGGGAGAAAUAAAAUAAUUUUAAAAUACUAGCACUAUACGGGAAGCGGACCUUGUAGAGGCCGGGAGUUUUUUUUAUAGCAUAUAUCGAGUGUUUUUCCUGAGUCAGUUAAGUGAUGCCUCAAACAAAAGAUUUAAAAUGUUUGGGUUUUUUAAUUUGGGUUUUUCAGGAAUUGGCUUCCGCUUGCCUGGGAGCACACACCAUUAACAAAUGGGAAUUCAGUGCAGUCGUAUGUUCUGUUGUACGCCUGCACUGAAUAUAGGUAGAUAAGGGCUAGAAACAUUAAUGUAAGCCACUGAAUUUGACCAAAUCAUUCCAUCAGAUCAAAUUUAAUCUACCUUUUCUCCUUUGCUGUUGAGAUAACUUGCAUAACGUGUCCUCUGUAUAGUCUCAGUUAAUAAGGUUAUUUAGCACAAAGUGCAGCUUCAGCGAGAGAGCUGCUUUUGCUCAGUGAACUUGGACUACCACGUUUUACCUUCUUUUGUUCAAUAAAACUUUUAACUGCAGUUAUUCAGUCUAAGCUACCUCAUUAAUGUAUUUGGUUUUCUUCCUCUGCCUCACUGUCUCCAGGAUACGCGCUACGUGUAUCUGUGUGGGUAGAUUAAUUUGCUAGGAAACCAAUGCAGAAGUGAUCGUGAAUGGGUGUUUUUGACCUACUUUUUAGAAACGAUUUUGGCCUGAUCUCUUCAUUUUACUGUUAAGGACUGACAAAAGAACUGUCUUAAUUUUUUUAUUUCCUCGGAGGACUACUGCUUAUGUGUGCAGCCGUGCAAAUUUACAGAAAUCCUUAUCUGCUCCAAAAUACAGUGCACUCACUGCGGACAAAUUGCAGCUUAUUGAAGGCUGAUGCCAUCCUGCUUGUUCUGAACUUCCCAUCCUGUGUUACAGGUGGUUUUGCUAAUGAACACAGUCAGAGAGGCAUCACCUGGGGAAAACCGUUUAAAUCUGUUAGCUUUUAUUCUGUUACCCAUAACUGUGUAAAGCUUCAUAGGCUUUUGUUGGGAGUAUGCGAUUUGUGUUUAGUCCCUGCUCGGUGUGUCAAGCAGCCCCACCGCUAACUAUGGAGUCGGCUCUGGAAGUACUGACACGUGUUCUUCAUGCAGUUUACUAGUAACGAGCACUACUAAAAUGUAUGUGUGGGCUUUAGGUUUCGUAGUUGUUUUAGUUAAAAUCUAAAGCAAUUCUUCCUCUU